GAAGAGAAUGAGGAGAGUAAAGAGGAGGAACAUCAUGUCAAAAUUGAGGAAAAAACUCAUUUACAGACUGAUGAUAUUUUAAAAAGGAGAGACAAGAAUCGUUUUACCUGCACUCAGUGUGGAAAGAGUUUGGCAAGCAAAAGCAGUCUUAAGAUUCACAUGAGUAUCCACACUGAGAAACCAUUCACAUGCACUCAGUGUGGGAAGAGUUUCAGUCAAUCAUCAGACCUUAAUAAACACAUGAUGAGCCACACUGGAGAGAAACCAUUCACAUGCACCCAGUGUGGAAACAGUUUUAACCGCUCAUCACACCUUAAUCAACACAUGAGAAUCCACACAGGAGAGAAACCAUUCACAUGCACUCAGUGCGGGAAGAGUUUUAACUGCUCAUCACACCUUAAUCAACACAUGAGAAUCCACACUGGUGAAAAAUCAUUCACAUGCACUCAGUGUGGGAAGAGUUUCAGCCAAUCAUCAAACCUUAAUCAACACAUGAAGAUCCACACUGGAGAGAAACCAUUCACAUGCACUCAGUGUAGGAAGAGUUUCCGCCAAUCUUCAUCCCUUAAUGAUCACAUGAAGAUCCACACUGGAGAAAAACCAUUCACAUGCACUCAGUGUAGGAAGAGUUUCCGCCAAUCUUCAUCCCUUAAUGAUCACAUGAAGAUCCACACUGGAGAAAAACCAUUCACAUGCACUCAGUGUGGGAAGAGUUUUAACCGCUCAUCAAACCUUAAUAAACACAUGAGGAUUCACACUGGGGAGAAACCCUUUACAUGCACUCAGUGUGGGAAGAGUUUCAGCCAAUCAUCAUCCCUUUAUCAACACAUGAGGAUCCACACUGGAGAGAAACCAUUCACAUGCACUCAGUGUGGGAAGAGUUAUAGCCGAUCAUCAUCCCUUCAUCUACACAUGUUGAGCCACACUGGAGGAAACCAUUCACUUGCACUUGAGCCGCGGUCACACUGGACUUUUCUCCCCAUAGACUACCAUUCAUACACACUUGAAUGCAUCAGACCGGAAACGAUCAGUCGGAACUCCAUUCUGUGUCAAGGACAAGUCCAGAUGAUGGUCUUGAUAAUGGAAAUGUGA